UCCUCCAGCAGUGAUAGUGGCAGCACGAGCAGCAGCUGCAGUAGCAUCCACAGCCCGGACAGAGCGUGUGCUGCAGAAACCAGCUUCCACCCAGUUGUUGCAGGCUCCAGUCCAGUCUCCUGUCAGGCCGUCCAUGACCAAUCGGCGUUGAGCCAAGGGCCCUAUUUCUACAUCAACCAGAUCUUGAAGGAGGCACACUUUCACAGCCUACAGAGCCGGGGACGCCUGCCAACAUGAUGACCCAGCAGCUCCCUUACUUCUGUGAACGGACAGCAUUGUAGAUGGGAUAUUUCAACUUUCAAAGUUUGUUAAAAAGGAAUUGCACAAAAUGCCUGUUACCUUUUCACCCUGUAUUUGAAAUAACAGGUCAACAGGAAAUUGUUUACGUGUGGUUGCUGCACUAUUCCAAUGCAAAAGGGGCUUUGAAGCAAUUUUUAUAGGAUUCUUUUUGGGGUGGUUGUAAAGUAGGUGUCAAGAGGAGACUUGAGGAAUCCACAUCUGUGUAUAGGAUCGCAAAAUGUCCAGUUCCAAUCGACUGCCUAAUCUGUUUAUUUGUUUGUUAGCAAUUUGUUGCUUUCUGUAAAGUUCUCUCAAAUGUUCCUCUUCAGUUUUAUAAGUCUUUUUUUAAUUUCAAUAAACUAGU